ACACGUAAAGUGAUGACGAAGUACACACACGAUUAGGAGAUCGAAGGGACACAACAAUUUUCGAACGUGUUGUCGGUUAUUUUGUUUUUACUUAUAUUAUUACGACCUUUGUCUUAUUUUGUAUGUAAACACUUUGUUUUAAGAUGGGCAAAGCAGAUUUUCUCAGCCCUAAAGCCAUCGGCAACCGGAUUAAAGCCAAAGGUUUGCAAAAAUUGAGAUGGUAUUGCCAGAUGUGUCAGAAACAAUGUCGAGACGAGAAUGGUUUCAAGUGUCACUGCAUGUCGGAGUCUCACCAGAGACAACUUCUUUUGGCUUCAGAGGAUCCAAACCAGUUUAUGGACUAUUUCUCUGAGGAGUUCAAGAGUGACUUUCUGGAGCUGAUCCGAAGACGCUUUGGUACCAAGCGUGUGCACAACAACAUUGUCUAUAAUGAGUACAUCAGUGACAGGGAACACGUCCAUAUGAACUCCACCCAAUGGGAGACACUCACCGACUUCACCAAGUGGCUUGGGAAAGAAGGGUACUGUAAGGUAGACGAAACCCCGAAAGGCUGGUACGUCUCGUACAUCGACCGUGACCCCGAGACCAUCCGUCGCCAGGAGGAGCUGGAGAGGAAGAAGAAGCAGGACCUGGAUGACGAGGAGCGCAGCGCCAAGUUCAUCGAGGACCAGGUCCGCAGAGGCAGAGAGGGCAAAGAGCCAGAGGAAGAACCUGUUUUCACUGAGCUGAAGAGAGAGGGUGAAGAAGAGAAAGUUGCCUUCAACCUGGCAAAGGGUGCGUGUGCGUCAGUGGCUGGGCCCUCCAAAGCAAGCGCUGCCCUGGGUCCUAGUGCCCUAAAGGCAGCAGCAGCCUCUGGGAAGAGGAAAGAUGUGCCCUCCGGCUCAGACUCCAGAGAUAAGAAGAAGAAAUCAGCUCUGGAUGAGAUUAUGGAGAUGGAGGAACAAAAGAAACAAUCUGUCAGAAUGGACCACUGGCUGCACACAGAGAUUGUGGUCAAGAUCGUCACCAAGAGACUAGGGGAGAAGUACCACAAAAAGAAAGGAGUCAUUAAGGAGCUGAAAGAUAAAUACACAGCCAUAGUGAAAAUGAUCAACUCAGGGGACAAACUGAAACUGGACCAGAGUCACCUGGAGACCGUCAUCCCUGCGCCAGGUAAACGGGUUCUGAUCCUGAAUGGACCUUACAGAGCCACAGAGGCUCUGCUGAACUCCAUUGAUGUGAAGAAGUUCAGCGCCAGCCUCAUACUGGACUCGGGUCGCAUGAAAGGAAAGAAGGUGGAUGGAAUCGCCUACGAGGAUUUCUCCAAAAUAGCCUGACCCGUAACCCUGUAAACCCCUCCCACCUCCUUGCAGCCUAUAGGCUGAGAGGCUCUACCGUGUCAGAGUCCCUCCCCCGGGGCUCCCCCCAGUCUGUACAUAUUCCAGAAAGCUCCUGAAGCUGACUCUUUUGACCUAAGUCAGGCAGAUCAAUGAUAUUCAGUCUUGUUUUUAUUUUAUAUUCAGGUGGUUCUAUAAUUAUGAUGUAUAAUUGUUCUUGAAUAAACACAAGUAACCUCUCAGUUAGUCGAUGCUAUGAUUAGGGACAUUUGGAUUGUAGUGCAUGAUUCUAAUUUCUGUAUUCAUGGCAACCAUUACUAUAUUCUUCAGUUUUACAGUUGAUACAUAAUACUAUUAUCUGGAAACACCUCUCACCCUGUACGAAGCGGAUGCACAACUCUUAUUGCUAUUAUUUGAAACACUGGUUAGAAUUCAAUUUUCUCUCUAGACAGAACAUUUGUUAAACUUCGCAAUAUUGUCUAUCUUGAUAUCAAAAAAAUAAAUUGUACUAUGAACAUA